AUGGAUAUUGAUGACGCAUUAGAUCAAUUAGAAAAAAAACUUAGUUCACCACCUCAAUAUCCUGUAAACCAUGAUUUGUCAACAACAAAUACCGAUAUUAUAUUUGAUCAAUUACAACAAGCAGAUGUAUCGACCAAUUCUAUAAAUGAGAACAAAUAUUCGCCUUCUUAUACUGUUGAUGAAUUACUCUUACUCGAUUCAAAUGAUGAUAAUGAUAAAACAAACAAUGAUAACAAACUUGAAAAACUUAAACAAGAUAUUCUUAAACUUUAUGCUGUAAAUACAAUUUUACCUACACCUAUUAGUACAGCUGAUGAACAUUUAACAUCUGAUUUACCUGAUGUUAUUACUCAGAGUUCAGCAGAUGUAAACGAUGCAAUAGUUGAACAAGAAGACAUAAAUACAUUGAAUAAUAAUCAUCACGAUAAUGAUGACAUUGUUUCAAUAUUAGAUGUAGUUCAAAAUUCUGAUCAGAUACUCGAUAAUAUUCAAUCUCAUAACGAAAGAAUUGAUUUAUUACCAGAUUUAACAAAUAUCGAAUCAAAAACGAUCGAAAAUGAUCAACAACAGUCAGUUCUUGACCAUAUUGUAGAACAACAGGAGAUACAUGUAGAAAAUGAAUUAACUGAUCAAAGAGUCGAAAUAGAAGAUGAACCCGAUUUAUUAUUACAAACAAUUGAUGAUAGCAAUGAAUCGAACAUAUUAUUUACUAAUCAAGUUAAAUAUAAUAUUGAUGAUACUAAUAAUAAUCAGCAAAAUGAGGACUUUUUGUUGCCAUCCAAUGAAACAGAAGUGUCAUUGAUCAAUGAUUUUUUUUCAACUGUUCCUGAUGUUGUUAAUCAACAAUAUAAAGACGAUGUUGAUCUUGUUUGUUCUCAGCAUGAAGAUAUUCUUUAUAACAGUAAUAAUAACGAAAAUAUGAUCUUACAAGAAUUUGAUCUUGUUAAAAACACAAUAUCUGAUGAUGAUCAAAUGCCAAUUGAAUUAGAAAAUAAUAAUAAUAAUAAUAGUAAUUAUAAUUAUGAUAAUAGUAAUAAUUCUAUGCAAAUACCACCACCACAAUAUGAAUUAGAACAAAUAGUUAAAAGCGAUACAAUAGAAAAGCCGCAUGAUAUUGAAGAACAAGUUAAGAGCAGUAAUGAGGACGGAUUUCAUUUUUUAGAAGAAUUACUUGCCACAUUACCACCAUCCUCAUCUACUGUUACAACGGCAGAAGAACCAUUCUACCAUUUUUCAUCAGAACAAGUGGAUAAAAUUGAUAUGUUGUUAAAACAAAUUGUCGAUGAUCAUCAACAUCAAGAACUUUCCCCUCAAGCUCAAUCGAACGAAUUAACACAUGAAGAAAUUUGUACUAUGGAUUUGGAACAUCGUUAUAAUAAUAAUGAUAUUAACAAUAUUGCGGAACAAGUAGACAAUAGUUGUACUUCAGCAACUAUUAGUUUUCAGUCAGACGAUAAACAAAAUCAAAGUGAAAUAACUCAGGAAAAUGAAUUAAGUGAAUCAACCACCGAUCAAGAUUUACAUGAGAAAUUGUUACAAGCUGAAUCGGAAUGGAGUUCUCUGAGUGAGAAUGAUCGAACACUCGGACAAGUUUGUCCUCAAUGGAUGAAUGAUCAAGAAGCUGCAGCUUGCAUGAAAUGUACAACACGUUUUACAUUAACUCGCAGACGACAUCACUGUCGUGCAUGUGGAAAAAUAUUUUGUAGUGCAUGUUGUUCUCAAAAAGCGAAAUUAAUUCAUUUAGAUAAUAGAGAAGAUCGUGCGUGUAAUGAUUGUGUUCAAACCAUAAAUAAAGUUGAACAAUUAUUUACAUUUUUGAGACAAAAUCAAAAACCACGUUCGUCUGUGCUCAGAAAAAGAACUGUACGUAAAGCAUGA